AUGGGCAGUGACGCUGCAAGCUCAGACCACUGCAUCGUUUGCUUUGACGAGACAAAGAAGCUCUUCAAGACGUUCUGCUGCGAGAAGCGCGUCGUUUGCGAAGACUGCUACACCCAGAAAGUGCGCUUAAAGGGUCUCAUCAAGGCCCUGACGCAGUGCACGAAGCUUGACGGCUUCAGCAGCCUAGCCAGUCGGCCCUCACAGCGCCUCUACCCGGAUGGAAACCUGCUCCCCGACUCGGUGGGCUGGGAGACGCUGACAGAGCCAGGCCCCAUACGCCAGGUGCAGGAUGAGCUUGAGCAGCUCCAUGUGACUGCUGAGAAAGCCCAGGUCAUGCUGGAAAGCCUCAUCGCGCCCAAAGAUCAUGCCUGGAGGCCGGGGGAGUUGCGGCACAAGCCGAGCGCGGUGCCCAUGGCCAGCUUUGCAUACAGCUAUGGCGUCAAGUCCAUGGAGGCUGCCGAGACGAAAGCCAUGGUGCGCUUCGGCCCUGCAGAGGACAAGCGAAGGUACCGUCAUGUGCUCGACAUGGCGCGGAUCGGUUUGGUCUUUCCGAGCUGCGACUUUUUGCAGGAUGCCCUGGACCUGAUCCUCAACCAGUUCGAGGUGGUGGAUGUCCGGAAUGGAUUCAGGACUCCAUGCCGGACGGGGGACAGGUUUGUCGAGGUUCUGCUGAUCCUCGAGGUGGAGACCGAAGAUGGCCCCAUGCCCCACGUGUGCGAAGUUCGCUUGGACGAGAUCAACUUCUACAACGCCCGAGCCAGGGCUGAGCCGGUAAUGCAAGAGCUCUUGGGGAAGAUCUCCAAGCACUACUCCAACAAGCACCCCCGGUGCAUGGAACAUCUCAGCCGCUGGGUGCUGGAGUCGCCUGGGAUGAGCCACGGCCUCCGUAGUUUCAAGAAGCACCUCCUCCGACGCUUCGGGUCGGCUCUGGGCGCGUGGCGCCGGCAUUUCGGCCUCUCGCGCUUGGUUCCUUUCCACAAGUUUCGGAACCUUUGCAAAGAGAUGCAAACCUACAAGCACUCAACGGAGUACUGGCAGGAGCUGGACAUGGGGCGGGCAGGCUGCAUCUCACUCUUUGAGCUGGACGCUCCCUCCGUUUGCAUGCUGGCGACCUUCCGUGCUAGGCUCCUGAAGCUUGCAAAUGUUCCAUCCGAAGAGGCCACGCCGGAGGAUCUUUGGCUGAAGAUGACCCAGAUUGUGCAGCCAGCACGGUCCGACCGCUUCGUCAUCAACGAGUUUACUUUCAUCCUGACUCGAGCGCUUGGCUUCUCCGCCGUGCAGGCCACCACCAUCUUCGACCUCCUCGAUUCCGACGGAGGGCACACCUUCCAUCCGCCAGGAUUGGUGCGCCAGACGGAUAUCGCCUGGCUGGUGAAGCUCCCAAUGCUGGUCGACCUCAGUGCGGUGGCCUUGCGGUCCGAUGGCUUCAACGGGCAAGAGCCGAUCCCGGACGUGGCAUGGACACCGAAGCGGCACGGCAGCGCGAGUGGCGCCAGCGCCGCCUCGCCAAACAGCGACCUCCCCUACCAGCGGGCCUUCCCGGGCUCACCGACCUCGCCUGUGUCCCCGAACUUCCUACAGUCCUAUGGGGACUUGGAGGGAGGGGACGAGGAUGGAGAGGUGGACGUGGUGGCCCCUCCUGUGCAAACGAUACCUCCUCAUGAGAUGGUCAGUCCAUCAAGCAUCACGCCGUCAUCCCAAGCGCCGGCCUCGACUCCUGCCGAGACACCGCCUCAAGGGCCAGUGGUCAGGAGGGAGUCGGACAGCCGAAGCGCGGGAGCCACGGCAGCCGCAGCUGGGCCAGCUGUUUCCCAGGAGACCUCUUCUGCGAGCGCGCCGUACAAGGCCCAGGGCCGGCAGCUCCCAGAGGAGGAGGGACAACAGGAGCUGGAGGGCUCGACAGUCCUCGUCCAGAAGACGGUGACGCUGGACGUGGACCCACAAGUGCAGGAGAUUGAUGGACAAUCGGAUGGCUACUACGAAGGAGAGGAGGGCGAAGAGGAGGAUGAAGUGUUUGAUCUGAGCGAGCUUCAGGACGACGUGCCGCAGCUUGAAGAGACUUUCUGA